GCCGCGGCCGCGGCGGCGACGUCGGCGCGAACGCGGCGAUGCGCGCCGCGGACGACGUCUCGCGACGGCGAUCGGGCUCGACCGGCGCGCGUCGCGACGAGAACGCGCUCUCGACGUCGCAGUCCGCGACCGGCGCGCGAGGCGCGAACGCGCGCGGGGGCGUGCGCGCGGACUUCCUCCUGAACUUCCGAACCGAACAGAGAGACACGAUCGUCGGCGCGGGGCGCGGCGGCGGCGGCGGACGCGGGCAACGACGCGGCAGCGCGGCAGCGUCGAGCCACCAUCAUCAUCAUCCUCAUCGUCAUCGUCCGCAGCAGCAGCAGCAACGAGGACGCGGCGGCGGGAGGACGAAGACGACGCGUCGAAACGUCUACCGCAAAGAGCUGUUCCUCCACGCCAACUUCCGGUUCUUAGUCGCGGACUGGGCGGACCUGAGAGGCGCGGCGACGGACCCGGACCACAUGGUGGACUGGGACGACGUCGUCGCCGUGGAACUCGGCGCCGCGGCGCCGCUCGCGUGUCCGGUGUGUCUGGACGAGCCGCCGAACGCGCCGCAGGUGACGCUCUGCGGGCACUCGUUCUGCUUCGCGUGCAUCGCGCGGCACGCGGUGACGAACCGCAAGGAUGGUGAGCACGCGAAGUGCCCGAUGUGUUUCACUCCGGUCAGGAUGGCGGAUCUGAGGAGCGUGCGGCGGCGGCCGAUCGCGCCGCCCGUCGUCGGCGGAAAGAUGAGGUUGACGCUUUUGCGACGGCGUCGAGAGAGCGCGGUGCCGAGUAAGUAUACCCCCUCGGAGGGUAACGGGUCGUUACCAGGCGUUACUACGUCUUGGCCGCGGUCGACGCGAAGCAUCGACGGCGGCGCCUUCGACGCGUUCGCGAAGUACACGCUCACGUCCGAGGAGCACGCGCUCGGGGAGGAAGAACGCGUCACGCUCGAGGCGAGGAUUAAUCGAAUGGCGGAGGAGGGCGGCCCGGACGCGGAGGCGGAGCUUCCGUACGCGCUUCUCGCGUGCGACAUCCUUCAGAGCCGCGUGCAGGCGUGGGCUGAGAAACGCGCGAUACACGGGGGUUACGAGCCGCCGGUGAAGGGGCCGUCCGCGUCCGAGGCGGCGGCGGCGGCGGCGGCGGCGGCGGCGGCGGCGGCGGCGGCGGCGAGAGAGACGUCCGCGGCGUUUCCCGCGCUUCCGGAGCGGCCGCGCGCGCCCGCGGCGGGGCAGCGCGCCGCGUUUUUGAUGGGCCGCGCCGUCGAGGCCGCGAGCGCGUUCACGGACGACGAAGAUGAUUCCGAAGACGAGGAGGAGGAAGAAGAGGAGGAGGAGGAGGAAGUACACGAAGAGGCGCCGCCCGCGGACGGAGCCGCCUCCGACGCGGACGAGCCCGCCGCGGCGCCGCCGACCCCCGCCGUCGAGCCGUCGACGCCGACGCCGACGCCGCCGACGCGCGUGGAGACGUACUACUUCUACCAAGCCGACGACGGUCAACCCGUGGUCCUCCACUCCGCGUGCACGCGCGUCCUCCUCGCGCACUUCGGCUCGUACGAACGCCUCCCCGCGUCGUUCGAAGCCGUCGUCGUCGAGCUCGAAGAACGCGCGCAAGACGAAGACGCGAGACGCCGCGCCGUGCACUUGCGGCACCUUCCGCUGACGACGUCGUACACGCUCGCGGAGGUGGACCUCACCGGCGUCGUCCCGGCGGAGAUGUUGAAGCAGCACGGCGAGGAACUGAGGGCGCGGGAGAAGCUGCGGAGGAAGAGAGCGAACGCGGAAGCGCGGGCGGCGGCGGCGGCGGCGGACGCCGACGCGAGAGCCGCGAGGGACGCGCGCGUUUUUUCCACAGCCGCGCGAGACGCGAUGCCGGCGUUGGGGUCGGCCGCGAGCGCGCCGCGCGAGGACGACGACGACGCCUCCUCCUCUUUCGACGCGUCGCGCCUCACCCCCGAGGAAGCGCUCGCGCGCGCGCACGCCGCGGCCGAGGAGGAGGCGCGCGAGGCCGCGCGGGAGGCGGCGCUCGCGAGGGAAGAGUUUGAAAACGCGGAAGGACCGCGCGGAACGUCGUUCGCGCGCGUCGCGCAGUGGGGGUUCGCGUCCGGGUUGGACGCGCCGGACCUCCCCGGGGACGGCGAGUCGUGGGGUCCCGCGCUUGGGGCGUCGCCGCCGGCCGCGCGGGGGGCGGGCGGGGUGUGGGGCGGGGGGGGGGGCGGCCCGUGGGGGAGAGGGGACGACGGCGCCGCCGCGGUGGCCGCCGCCGCCGCCGCCGCCGCCGCCGCGUCGGACGACGCAGGCGGGGGGAAGAAGAAGGGGAAGAAGAAGGGGACGGUUCUGUUCGAGAGCGCGGGGGGCGGGAGGCGGUACUGA